GGGGGCUCGAUGUGGCCCCAAUCUCGGUAGGCCUUCUUAAUCGACGGUCCUGAUUCGGCCAAUGGGCUUUGGGCUCCGCCUUAUACGUGCAGGUAUAGAAUUCGUGCCCAAUAAACCAUCAACGAAGAGAUGGAAGACGACGACAUCGACGCCCGGGAGAUGCAGAGACGCGCGCUGGAAGAAGCCUUUGGAGAAUCCUCGGACAGCGGCGGAGAAUGCGAAUUCUCCUCCUCCUCCCGAUCCUCCCUCCUCCACUGCUUGAAGCAGGGGGAUGGAGUCCCCCUUAGUUGGGAGAUGGUCGACGGAGUCAAGGGUUUGUGGCUCUGCCGAGGCUUCCUCUGCUCGGCUCAGCAGUCCUCUUUGCUAUCCGCGAUCCGACGAGAGGGGUGGUUCGAUGAAGGUUGUCACAAUCAGGCUAUGAGAUUUGGGGAUCUUCCAGGAUGGGCAGUUGAAAUUUCCAGAUUAGUUCGUGAGGCAGUGUGGUUUGGUGACACAUCUUCAGGAGAAGGCAAGGAAUCAAGUCUUGGAAAUCAUCACGAAGGAGCUUGUUGGCCAUUGCCGCUGGAUUUGCUUUGGAGGGAACCCCUUUUUGAUCAACUAAUUGUCAAUGUCUACAACCCAGGUGAGGGAAUUUGUGCACAUGUGGACCUCAUGCGUUUUGACGAUGGAAUCGCGAUAAUCUCAUUAGAAUCUGCAUGUGUGAUGCAUUUCACACGGUCCAAACAAGAGGAAGGUAACGAUGAAGGACAAGGCGAAGAGGGUUCCCUGAUGAGGGUCCCCGUUUUCUUGAGCCCAGGAUCAUUGGUUCUUAUGUCAGGGGAAGCACGGUAUCUCUGGAAGCAUGAAAUAAACCGGAAACAGGGGUUUCAGUUGUGGGAAGGAGAAGAAAUACAUCAACAGAGAAGGACUUCUGUGACUCUGAGGAAGCUCUGCAGAUCACCCAAUGAAAACGUGAAAGCUGACUGAAGAAGCCAGUGAUUCUUCCAAAAACAAGAAGAGAGGGCCCCUAUGACUUGAAGAACUGAUCCAAAUAGAGCCCAGUUUUGCAAUGAGAGAUUGGGUUUGAAGCAAUGGUUGUCUUACAGAAAAUGCACUUGGCAAAGUCAAUUUAGCAGUAACUGCUGGUGUUAGGUUAUUUAUUCUCUGAAUACAGUCCUCACUGUAACAAUAUUAUUGCCUCCAUUCCUCACUGCUGCAUCUCCAUUUAAUCUUCUCAGUUAUUUCUACACCUAUGAGGAUUGUUAGAGCACAACCCCUAUUCUCCUAUUUGGUACUGGAAAUUCAGAUCAAAAUGUUCACCUGUCAAUCAAAGAUGUUGUCUAAUGUAUCCAUUGUUCCAACUCCAAUGAUCUUUGAGCUUUCAUGAUUUACUCCAUGUUGGGAAAUCAAAUUAUGUAAACCUUCAAACCAUCACUUCUCUUUAGUAGUAUAUAAUGAUUUCAUUUCUA